AUGUCGCGCUCGCAGCGUUCGCGCCCCGCGACGCUCUACGGAAAGAGUGGAUUGGACGGACAUGAGCCGCUACCGCGACCUUCGAGAAAGCCAGUGCAGACGGACUCGCACGCUGAAGACAAGGUACGCAACCGUUUGUCGAUGCGAUACGCGUCGUCGUCGAUCAUGCCCGCGGUCUCGUUCUUGAGCGGGCUGGAUCACUUGGCGCCGGUUGCUGGAGGCGGUGGACAUAGGUCGCCUAUGCCCUCCGUAUCAGAGGAGGUGCCGCCCGUCCCGCCUGUGCCCGCGAUGGUACCCGGACCUCAUGCUUUGUCACCGGGCGCGACGCGGUCGCCCGUUCACACUCUGCAUCCCAGCUUCGCAGUGGAGUCAUGGGAAGCACAUACCGUGCCGGGUGUGAGUGCAGAGACGUUUGCUGCGGAGAAUUUCGAUCCCAGUUUGUUUGUGUCGCAGCAAGUGCAGCAGCAAAGCGAGGCAGGGCUUCAAAACCUGCGAGCCACUCUCGGCCAGAUCCAAACGACAACGCAGAAGCAGCUCAAAGAGCAGGUUUUCAAAAACUAUUCAGAGUUUAUCAUUAUUAGUCGCGAGAUUGCGACCUUUGAGAACGACAUGCUCGAGUUUAAGGAGCUGCUGAGUGAGUGGAAGGCGCUGCCGCACCAGCUGCAGAUCGAAGACCCUCUCGGUGAGGGUAUGUGGGACAAUGAAUCAUCACUCCGCGCGAUGCAGAAGGGACACCGCAACAGCUCUAUCGAUCUCGAGCAGAUUUACAAGGCACAGCUGACGUCGUUGUGGGAGAACAUUGAGGGUUCGCAGAAGUUUGUGCCGAUUGUGCCCGGGCGCCAUCUGAUUGCGGAAACGAGCCAGUUUGUCGAGCUCAAUGCGGCCACCUACAAGCCCAAGCAGGCCGUCGCGCUCUUCCUCUUGGACGACCUGCUGCUCAUCGCUGUGCAGCGCAAGCGUCCAUAUGGCAGUCGCGUGCAUCUCGUGGCCGAGCGCUGCUUUAACUUGUCCGAGAUUGUCGUGGUCGAUUUAAAAGAUACCAAGGAUGUACGCAACGCGAUCAAGAUCAAGCAUAGCAAGGAGUCGUUUGUUUACCGGACAGAGCGCUCCCAGGACAAGCGCGCUUUGCUGCGCGCCUUCCGCGGCGUGGGUGAAGCACUGGCAGCCCGGCUCAAGAAGGAGCGCAAGCAGCGCGCUGCGGCCAAGCACACCGAGGACGGCAUGCUCGGCGAUUCUAUGGACCCCACAAGCCAGGACCUGGGCCUUGCUGAGAAAGCUGCAACGCCUGCACCCACCCAAGACGACCUUGCGGCGCUGGGCCCGUGGCUCAACAGUGUAAUUGAUGCACUCGCCGUGCACAUUGCCUUGCGCGAGUGGGAAGAGGCAGUCGCUCUAGUGGAAGAGGGCAAGAAGCGUCUCGCCUCGCGGCCUGUGUCCGAAGGCUCGCUCUAUCUGCUCGUGGAAAAGUUCAACGGAUGCGCAUCGGACCUGGUCAGUGCCAUCAGUGCGGAGCUCGUGUCGCCUUACCAGCGCAAGGGCAUGGUCGUACGGAAUGCGGGACUCCUUGUGCGCCUCGACAAGGGUCGCGAAGCUCGUGAUCUGCUGCUGGAGGCGCGCUCGGCGCUGCUGCAGCGGCGAAUGCGGCAGAUCAAGUACGAGGGCGAUGUGAGUUUGUACAUUUCGGAGCUCGCCAUGCUGUACUUCACGCUGAUCAAAAACACGGGUGAUUGGUACAUGGCAGCAUUUAAAGAUUACAAAAUGGCAUCGGGCUUUGUGCAGUGGGCCUCUGACCAAGUAUGUGCCUAUGCCGACACCUUCCGGCGGCAGGUGUUUGGCGUAGACCAGGACCCCCGUGUGGUACAGGAGGCUAUCGAUAUCACGCACAGCUGUGCACAGAUCCUCAAUGAUGUGGGCCUGGGCCUGGGAUUCAUCGACUUGCUUAAGCCGAGCGAUACCAUGUCAGCGCCGCCCCCGACGCUCGUGGUCACGCAGACAUCUGCGACCGAUGCGCUGCUCGCGAGCCGUGAGCGGCGGCCAUAUGAGUGGCACAGCGAGCCACCCGAGUAG